AUGGACUACGUCGAGAAUCGGAUGGCUCAAGAAGCUGCAAAACCCACACCUUCUCCGGAAGUACAAACCAUCGCAACACCAUUAAACCUGGUCCUUCUUUCCCUCUUCCUCUACAUCCUCUACCGCUCAUUCCGACCCUCUCCUGCUCCCAAGCUCGCGCCUCCUCCCCCGGCCAUCGUCUUCAGAACCUUUACACCACCUGACCUUCUCCCGUUCAAUGGCAUGAACAACCAACCUGUAUACCUAGCCGUGCGCGGGAAAGUCUUUGAUGUUUCUGCGGGCCGCAAUUUCUACGGCCCCGGCGGCCCCUACGAGAACUUUGCCGGCAGAGAUGCCACAAGGGGUUUGGCAUGCGGGAGUUUCGAUGAGGAUAUGCUGACAAAGGACUUGCAAGGCCCAUUGGACAAACUAGAGGGAUUGGGAGAUGAGGAGUUGGAGGCCUUGAGAGGGUGGGAGGAGAGGUUUGAGGAGAAGUAUUUGGUCGUGGGGCGGUUGGUUGCUGUCGGCGAUGAGGACAAGGAGGUAGAGAAGUGA